GCACACUUCAUAUGUGUUUGUUCAUCGGUACCCUCAUUAUCGUGCAAAUGGAUUUGUCUGGUUGUUUGGCUGUUCAUGUGAUCGAUUGCGACUGGAAUUUGUGCAGGCCCUUAGCUCAAAUACUAAUUUAAGUACAGAUAAAGUUGUAAGCUAUCCAAAAUGCUUACAUACAUUGGCAAUGGAAAGAUUUUUGGAGACUUAUGAUGAAAAUUUGGGAAUAACCUCACAAGAAUCAAGUUUUUUCAAGAUUGUGGAAAAAUCAGGAACAUCUGACCCAAUAGAUCAUUCAUACUGUGGAAUGUUUCCUAAAGAGGACUUGUUUAAAGCCGUUAGUGGUGGUCCCAACUGGAUUGCUGUAAAACCAGUCAAUCGCGAAUGGGGCGUGUGCACAUUUACUUAUUCUAAAGUAGCACUACCUCAAGCAGAGCUAAGAUGUUCUAAUUGUUCAUCUUACCUCUGCAUUCAUGUUACAACUCUUGGGAAGGCGCUGGAAGUCGUACAAGAUGAUGACGACUCGCAGCUAGCAUAUUUUAAGUUAGCUUUUGAAACCUCACCUGAAAUGAGAAAUUACUACGAGUUGGCAACUCGUAGUGAAAAAAAAGUUAAAUUAUUUGAAAUAGGUUGUGAUGAGAAUGAUGCCAAUCAUUUUGCUAAGCUUCUGGCUAUGAACUGGUCAAAGAUAUUCGUACCUAGUGCUUGUGGUACUUGCUCUUGUGGUGCUGCUUGGGAUAAGCGUGAUGUAUCAGAUGACUGGCUGGAUGUGGAAGGCUGUCAUGUGGCGUAUCUUUAUGAUUUCCACUGUGUGAAUGUGUAUUAUCGACCGUGUUCUACAUGCACAAACAAGAAGCGGUACGAUGGUAUCGAGAACAACGUCUUGUGGUUUGGAUCAUUUUCCAUUUCGCAUGCAGUCCUCAAAGAUUAUAUAAGGCAUUUUUUGGUUUCAAGCCUGCCCAUGUAUAAAUAUUACGUGACGUACGUCCAAAGACAAGUUAUGUCAGGAAAUUUGAAUUUUUCUGGCAUUAUAACUUACACCAAGUUUCGUCUGGCAGUUACUGCAAUGAUUAGAUUACUUGACAUUGACUUUGUUGACGCUUUUCAUUGUAACAUCUGUGGAAAACAUCUGAAAAAAGUUGUUAUGGACGGUACGGCACUUGGUAUCCAAAAAACCUUCUUGCCUCGUAAGGUAGCUCCCCCAGAAGGCCCUACGAUGGAUGGAAGAUAAGUGUUUUUUCUGGGUGUGUAUUUUUUCAUUGGCUAGCUGGACAUGUGUUUUAUUUUGGGGCGGAUUUUUUCCAACACUAGGUUCGAAACGCGGAACUUCCUCAAUCGGAAGAGGC